AUGGGCAGAGUUGAGUUUGAAGGCACUGUUGAUCCUACGGAUGUCGAGCAGUGGUUGGAGCACAUGGAAAGAGUACUUGAGCUAUUUGAGUGUUCAGAAGCUGUCCAAUUUAAGUAUGUUGUCUCACUGUUACAAAAAGAUGCUUAUGACUGGUGGGUAAGUGUACCGAAUGCCAAGGCGAAACCUUCUGUUCUUACUUGGAAUGAUUUUGUGACAGAAUUUCGUAUGAAUUAUGUCCCGCCUGCUUAUCAUGAUGCAAGGAAAAAUGAGUUCUCGAAUUUAGAGCAAAGGAGUAUGUCUAUUGCUGAAUAUCAACCAAAGUUUCUUAGGCUUUCUCGUUAUCUUGGUGGUAUUAUCAAUAAUGAAAAAGAUAAGUGCAGGCGAUUCAAAGACGGUUGA